UAGCCGGAGUUGCUCAAGUGCCAUUCUCACGGUGCGCUGCGCGGCGGACAAUCGAGGGAGCGGACCAAUGGGGGCCCGUGUAGGCGGGGCCUAGCUCCGCGGCGCAUGCGUUCUCGUUUCGAAAAAAGAGGAGUAGUUCACGUCUACCGUUUUAGUAGUUUCUCGCCUUCCGCUAGGACACUUGUUCCUCCUGCUACAGUUUAUGAUAGGGAAAAAGUGGUUGCUCGUUCCUCGCCCCCUGCUUGCGUGCGUGCGUUUCUUCCUCGGCCGUUUGGAUUUAAGUUGUUUUAUGUUCACGUACCCACGGACUGUGUGUGUGUUUUCUUGUGCCCAAAAUUGUGAUCAACAUUUCUCAGCCACGCAAUAUGGCACCAGAUGUUUCCCGCAUUUCUCGCAGAGAGCUUGAGAACGUGUCGGAACUUGUGACAGUGAAGCAAGAGCAAGGCGUUAUCCUGACCCCUCCUCACACCCCAACGAUGGAUUCAUCGAGUCCGCGAAUCAAAAGCGAAGAGUCUGCGAUGGCCCCGGACAUGUCGCAGCUAGAGCAGAUGCGUCAGAGCAUGUUCAACCAGCUGCCCUGCUACUACCCCCCGAGUGGGGUCUCCCCGAAGCAGUCGGCUUUCUCGCCGUGCCCCCAGCUCCCGUUCUGCCCGAAAACGGAUCUCGGCCACGUGUACCCCGGCCUGGAGGCCAACUUGGAGUCGGCCAACCUCCCCUUCUACCUGCCCUUCGGCUCGGUGAACCCGCAGAACGUCCACCAGAUCAAGGAGUUCGUGUCCAGGAUGAUGUACUGGAACAGCGUGUCCGCGCUCGUGCCCUCGCAACAGUCGAUGCGCAUGGCCGCCAGGUGCGCCAACGCCUCUGCUCUCAAGUUCAACCGGAGUGUUGCUGGUGGCGUCGUCGGCGGCAAAGGCGCCAAGGCCCCCGGAUCCACCCGGCCCAAGAAGAGGUUCAUCUGUAAAUACUGCAAUCGGGAGUUCUCCAAGUCGUACAACCUCCUCAUCCACGAGAGGACACACACCGAUGAGAGACCCUACAGCUGUGAUAUCUGCGGAAAGGCCUUCCGCAGGCAGGAUCAUCUUAGAGACCAUAGGUACAUCCAUUCAAAAGACAAGCCCUACAGAUGCGAAGAGUGCGGGAAAGGCUUCUGCCAAUCACGGACUCUGGCCGUUCAUCAAAACCAUCACAAGGACGUGCCCCCGCACAGCUGCAAUAUCUGCGGUCGUCGCUUCAACCAAAAGUCCAACUUGAGGACCCACGAACUCACCCACCACCACCCGCGGCCCGAAAGCGCCGACCAACCCUUGGCUCUACAUCGGCCCGCACCCCAGGAGUCCUCUGAACCCCGGCCUAAGCUUGGAUUCUCCAUCGAGGAUAUCAUGAGACGCCGGUAGAUAUCCUUUUGUUGGUCUCCUUUCGUUUUUCUUGUUUGUGUUCUAGUUGCAUCUCUGUGCUCUGAUACUUCCCCUUUUACAUUUUCAUUUUAAAACACUCACGUGCUAGCUCAUGUUUGAACUUACCAUCAUGCUUGGAUUUGAAUAAUUUCUGCUGUUCAUUCUGGUUUUAAUUUUGCUUAUUGAUGCUCGGGUUUUUUUGUCAAACUUCUCCAAUUAUUUUGUUCAUUUUCUAAUUUGGAGCACAACGCAUCAUUUAUGCCGGUGUUCGUUUUGUUCUUCAAAUUCUCAUCAUAAUCUAUGUAUCUGGGGAAGAAUCUAUGUGUAAGUUUUAACGCUGACUCCUUUACAGCACACAAAAGUUUCUUGGAGAUGUACUCUAAACAUGGUCUCAGCUAGUCCUCAUUAUUUUCUUUUCCUAAAAAUUUAUUCGUUGUUUUGUCUUGUACCUACGUAUUUGUUAAAUUUACUCCUAAGAUUUUGUAAAAUAGAUUUUACUCUUGAUACUUUGCAAAGUAUGACAUACGUCUUUUUAAAAUUUGGCCUCACGACCGUUAAAAAUUAAACCCUACAUUGAUUAAUUUGCGCCCACCCAUAAAAUUCGAGUGUUUAUCAAUAUCUUCUUUGAUUUUUCACUUUGCUCAGGAGAUAUUAUAACAUUUCAAUUUCAAUUCUUAAAUAUUUCGAGCCCCAUCACAGCACAAUUAUUCGAUGUCUCCAUCAAAUCUCAGCAAAAUUAUUUUAGUAGCUACGUUCAAGCUUAUGACACUCUUAUAAUAAUCAAUGGACCAAAGAACUCUUGACUGAUCGUAGAUAAGCCAAUUUUAGGUAAGGUUUUAUUAGGUUUAAGGUUUAGUAUGCUUAUGUUACCAAGUUCCAUAUUCUCAUGUCAACUACCUCUUCUGCACUUAUCCUCUGAUCUCUGAUAGGUAAUUUGAAUUUGAAGUAAAAUCAUCCCAAUCUGCUUUGUUUCUCCUCUUCGAACGCUCUUAAAGCAUUUUAACUACUAUUUAUUUCAUUUUAAAAUGUAAAAAUAUUUUCAUGAUUACAAAUUCGACACGAAUUUCUCAAAAAAGCUGGUUCUUUUAAAAUAUAGCAGUGAAUAGAAGAAUAUACAAGUAUACUCAUUCAACAAUUUUUUCUAGAAAUGCCCGGUGAACUAUAACAUGUUUUAGUUAGAAUUUAAAAUAAAACUGUUUCCAGAACGUAUAGAAGACCGUACUAUUUCCAUCUAAGUCUUGAGCGGUUCGCUUUUGGUGAAUUUCCAGCAAUAGUUCUACUUUAUGUUUACAAUUUUUCCGAUAUUCAUUCACUGAUGUUCAAACUGUUACUGACGGUAUAAUGACUUAAAAUGCAAUUCAAACUUACAAUUUUGUUCUGUAACCGGCAAUUUCAAUUUUCAAUGAAAAAUUAAUUGUAAAAUUUACUUUUCAUUUACGGUGCAUUCGAUUUAGGUCUUAAAAUAAUUUGUAAAUAUUUCUUCUAUUUCCUCUUUGUAAAAAUAAUGUAAAUGCCCUUAUUCUUUUUUAAGAAAUACUUGUUGUUUAGUAUGAAUUUGUUGUAAAGUAGUCACAGAAAUAUCGUUAUUUAUUUAUUAUGUACGGAAAGAAAAUUUUAAAUAAAAAAAAAUAAUUAUGAAUGCAAA